UCUAACUGGGAGCUUUAAUCAUGAUCAGGACUGAGGUGCAUUACAGGUGCAGUUUAUUAAAGGUAAAAUGACUCUUGGGGAGAUUCUGGGCUGCAGCUGCUCUCAUGCACAGAUGGAAAGUGCCAGUGAAGCUCUGCUGGAGUUACUCGCCGCCGCACGUCAUCAGAACUGUGUCACGCUGGGUGUCUACGAAGCUGCUAAACUCCUGAACGUGGACCCGGACAGCGUGGUUCUGUGUGUUCUGGCUGCUGAUGAGGAGGAUGAAGACGACGUCGCGCUGCAGAUCCACUUCACCCUGCUGCAGGCUUUCUGCCGUGAGGUCCAGAUCGACGUGGUCCGAGUGAGCGGGAUCAGGAGGUUAGCUGAAGCUCUGGGAGAACCUGCUGAGAACAACAAUGAUGCAAAGGAACCCGAAGAUCUGCACUGUGUCCUGGUUACGAACCCACAGGUGGAACACAGGAAGCUGAAUGAAGUGGGUCGGUACUGCAGAGAGACUCGCUGUGAGAACCAGUGGCUUCCUCACAUCAACCUGCACCCACGCUGAACUGUCAGUCACAGAAUACCGACCUAGCGAAGGAUUAUUCACACCAUUCCAGCGCGAGGACGUUAGCGCUGAUCUGAGGAGGAACUCCAGUGAGGAACACAUGAACCGGUUCAAUUACUGAACCAGAGAGAUGGACAUCAGAACCGACGUGGAUCCUGAACAGAGAUGAUUAUUAAAAUCAUGUGAUAAUAAAGCGCUGAGCGCUUCAGUUCCACCGGCCGGAUCCCCACACAGACACCACCGGCGGCGUCUGGAGGAGAGCAGUACAUUAGCUACUCUGAUGGCAGCCUCUUCUGGCUGGUUGAUGCGCCUGCAGGAGAGGUGGAUGGUUCAUGGAUAGCGGGUCGAAUCCUCUUCACCACACAUUUACUAAACUACAGCUCACCAGUAGGUGGCGCUAAAGUGCUGAGGAAUUAUUUAUACUGUAUUGAUGAGCUGAUUGAUCUGCAUUGAUCAUAUUGAUCAUCACACAGACCUAAACAUGUGGAACAAUAUUUAAUCUGAAC